GAUUACAAUGACAUUGUGAAACAUCCUAUGGACUUGUCAACGAUUUGUGGGAAAUUGGACAGCGGUCGUUACAAAAAUCCAUGGGAGUUCUGCGAUGAUAUGUGGUUAAUGUUCGAUAACGCUUGGAUGUACAAUAGAAAGAAUAGCAAGGUGUACAAAUAUUGCACUAAGCUCAGUGAAAUGUUUGUGGCCGAAAUGGAUCAAGUUAUGCAACAAAUGGGUUAUUGUUGUUCACGGAAGUUGUCUUUUACACCAUUAGCGUUGUUCUGCUACGGUGCAUCGAUGUGUACUAUCGCGAGAGAUCAGCCAUAUUGGGUAUAUGAGCAGACGUCGUCACAAUACGGAGUCACCGUAUCGGAACGAUAUACAUACUGUCUCAAGUGUUUCGAUGCACUACCGCCAGAAGGCAUAUCGCUGUCAGAAAAUCCAAAUGAUCAGUCGAACAUGGCACCGAAAGACAAAUUUGUGCAAAUGAAAAACAAUGUGAUCGACUAUGAACCAUUUGAAGUAUUCCCGGAGGGCUUUAUCUGUGACACAUGUCGUAAGGAGAAAAGCUAUCCGAAACCGGAGAACCGAUUCAUGGCGAAACGAUUGCCGCAUAACAAGUUAUCGCAGUUUUUGGAAGAUCGUGUGAACACCUUCCUAAAAAGUGCAUUGCCCAAUAAUCCUAAUCAAUAUGAGGUGAUCAUUCGAACUUUGUGUGUGCAGGACAAAGAAGUUGAAGUGAAGCCUCUGAUGAAAACUAAAUAUGGUCCGCAAGGAUUUCCUGAUAAGUUCCCCUAUCGAACAAAGGCUGUAUUUGCUUUUGAAAUCAUUGAUGGAGUGGAAGUGUGCUUCUUCGGUCUCCAUGUCCAAGAAUACGGUAGCAAUUGCAAGGAGCCUAAUGCGCGGCGGGUUUAUAUCGCCUAUCUAGACUCAGUACACUUCUUCCAACCUAGGGAACUCAGAACAGAGGUUUAUCAUGAGAUUCUUCUUGGAUAUCUUGAUUAUGUCAAGCGGCUCGGCUACACCAUGGCGCACAUCUGGGCAUGUCCACCAUCUGAAGGUGAUGACUACAUCUUCCACUGCCAUCCCCCUGAGCAGAAGAUCCCAAAACCGAAAAGGCUGCAGGAUUGGUACAAAAAGAUGUUAGAAAAGGGUGUAGCUGAAAAGACAGUGGUUGAAUUCAAGGAUAUCUAUAAGCAGGCCCGUGACGACAAUUUGACAACGCCGAUGAGCCUACCGUACUUUGAAGGAGAUUUCUGGCCAAAUGUGAUUGAGGAUUGCAUCAGUAUCUGA